CAAACCAACUGCCCAGUUCGCUUGCCGUAUAUGAGCUCAAAAGAGCGAAAAUAGUUUUGAAUGUGAGAGAAGAUAGACUAGUUUAUUUGUGUAAAUGUUUUAUGAGGCCAACUCGGCCUAAACGACAUUUUUGUUUUUGUUUGUAUACAUUAAAACCUCAUUUGCCUAGUAAAGAUGGAGCAGGGACUGGAGAUGACAGCAAUGAUUCCUGCUUUGCAAGAACUAGCCAGUGCAACCAGGCUGUGCAGAAACCUCGUCAGAUCCUGUGUCAGUUCAUUGACAGAAUACAUCUGUGUUGAUGUCGAGCUGAUACGUUUAAUGCAAGAUCUAGUGCAUAAGAAUCUCAUGCUCAGACCAUCUCCCCAAUGGCCAGUGGUGGUGGAAUGCUUCUCCAUCGCUUCUACAGAAGCUGCUGUUUACCUGACCCCGACCAUCCUUCAGCUGUCCUCAAGUGCCUCGGCACAGGCGUGCCAGAGCAAGGUGCUCAUGGCAAGUUUCAGAGAGUUCACCUAAACAUGCUGAUGGAGAGGCUUGAGAAACUGGUGGUCGGUGAGACUCUUGAGCAGCUGGAGGUGAAGGCUACACCAUGUGAUGUCUUCUGUUUCAUCCUGGAGUUUGUUCCCCCUGGAUACGAGUGUGCGGUGCAGAUCCGAAAAGAGAGAGUCACAGCAAUUUGCAAAGCUCUGAUUCAGACCACUGGAACUCAGGGACAGCAGGAGGUAAUGACUUAAAGAACAGUUCACUUCAAAAUUAAUAUUCUAUCAUAAUUUUUUUAACCCUCUGGUCAUUCCAUACCCCUGUCACUUUCUUCCAUGGAACACAAAAGGAAAAAUUUAGCAGAAUGUCCUGGCUGCUUUUUUCCGUACAGUGACAGUGAAUAGGAACAUGAUCUGUUGAGCUCCACAAAUGACAAUAAAGCACCAUAAAAAGAUAAGAAAAUUGGUCAAUAUGACUUGUGCGCUGUAUUCCAAGUCUUGUGAACUCAUACAAUAGCUUUAUGUAAGAAACAGACAGAAAUUUGAAUUCUUAUUCACUUAAAAAUUUGCUCUCCACAAGGGCUGUCAAUAGGGCUGAGAAACUAAAUUCGAAUUUUUUACUUAAAUAUUAUAAAAAUUUGAAUUAUAUUUGAAUUUUAAAGAGAUUAUUUCAGGUAGGGGGAAAUCUACAAGACUUCUGAUUUUUAAAUUGUUAUGUCUCUUACGUCCACAAGAGGGCGCAACAAAUCGCUAUAAACCAAUCAGCACUGUGUUUUAUCUAUUGUUUAUUGCAAAGAACAUAUCUGGCUGUUAACAAUAGUGCGUAAAAUAAUAUUUUUGAAGUCAAAAGAUUUAGCUAGUUCACAUUCUCAAAUCGUAAGUAAAAAAGUAAAACAAGAAAAUAAAUGCUUCAAUAAACACUUAUGUUAACUUGCAGAGUAGCCUAGUUCGGUGCCAUAUUAGGCCUACUUCCAUGGUCUCAAGCUUCAUAAUAUUAUAAAAAUGUUUUAUUGAUUCCAACAAAGACAAGAAUAGAUUUAACAAACAGAAUUAUACAUACGGAAUCAAUUUAUAACCAUUUAUAAACCCCCCCAAAAUCUUGGUUAGACCUAGCCCACCUUUGUCAAUCAGCCUAUGCAAUUUACUGAAAUGUAAUCUGGGACGUUUACCAUUCCAAAUGAAGGACUUUGCUAUGCUAUCAAAUUGCUUGAAAUAAGAGAGGGGGACAUCUAUAUGGAGAGACUGUAGCAGGUAGUUGAAUUUUGGAAUACAAAUAAUUUUAAUAACAUUAACCUUCCCAAUCAUAGAUAAAUGUAAUGAAGCCCACCUGCCCACAUCGCUUGAAAACCCCAACUAAAGACCCCAUUAAAGGGUCAAACAAAACUGAUUUUCGCUUGAAUGCCCCAACGUCGCAAGGGGGCUGCGUGAACUGUUGCUCUUGUGCCCUAUCAUGACACAGGAGGUCAACGGUCAGUGAACUUUUUCACUAAAUAAUGUAUGGGAUUUCAGUUUGUUUCUCACCAACCCUUAUCGUAUCCUUUCAUAACAAUCAUGAGUCUCAUGGAAUAAUUAAUUAGUUUUCUAAUUAAACUUUUGCAUCCUUUUGAAGCUUGAAGAUGUAGUUAACAUAAAAUUCCAUUGUAUGACAUUACUGAGCACAACAUUUUUUUCACAAUUUCUCCCUUUGUGUUAAGAAAAAGAAAGUCAUAUAGGUUUAUAACAACACAGGGGUGAGUAAACAAUGACUGAAUUUUCAUUUUUAGGUGAACUAAUUCUUUAAGAGCUGUUUAAGAAAAUAUCUCUGCAUAAAAUUUCUUCAGUUGUCAAUCUGACUGUGUGCAUCCAUCUACUGUGUGACUUGAUUAUUAUAUUAAAUACUUUCUGGGAUUUCACAACAGCACUGCUUUACUAAUGUUGUGUGUAAGGCUGCACAUGCUGUGUGAGUUGGAGCAUGCCUUCACUGAGCAGCAGAAAGAAAGCACAGAAGCUGGAGUAGCCAAAAAGCCUGAGGCCAAACUCAAAUGGGAAGCCUGCCUACUCAUGACCCAGAACUCAUUCAGGGCCAAGGAGCUAGUCCUAGCUCUGUGAAGAGCUCUGCUCAACCUUAGCAAGGGGUCUUUAUGUGAGGAGCAGGUUGGGGAGUGUUGGCUGCAUUGUGCUCAUGUGGCCAGGAGAUCUGGCCACCACCAGACACCUUUCAACGUCCUGCUCAAUGCUGAGAACUCCCAUCUCUCUGAACUCUUCAUCGAGAAAGCCAAGUGGCUCUGGUCUAUUGUAUAACAGUUUGACUAAAUAUGUUCAACUAGGCUUAACUCCAUAACCGAAAGUGUUGCUUGCUGUUUUUGCUGCAGGGUGACGUACAUCAGGCUCUGAUAAUCCUGCAGAAAGGUGUGCAGCAAUGUUUUCCUGAUGACCAGCCACUCACUGACCCCAAGAGGAUCCAGAUAAAAGGGAAUACCAUGCUGCUGGUGGGCAGAUACAUAGAGGAGACAGCCAACUUUUGAGAGCAAUGCUAUUAUGAAAACUUAUAAGGUAUAUCAGACAACUAAUAGAGCCUUGCAGUUUAGUAAUCAGUACAUCUAUCAGGACAUGCCUAGGAUGCUCACCUUUGGAGCCAAAGUUUGAGUUCGAAAAAGUGGGUUGCUCAGACCGAGCCCAGAUGUGUGCAGAACUUACCAAGAUCAAUUCUGUUAUUAGCGAGCACACCAGCAACCUCUCACCCUACUAGUUCCUCACAGCCUUUUCACAGCUGAUCUCAUGAAUUUGCCACUCCAACAAUGAGGUCUUUGCUGUUCUGAUGGAAAUAGUGGCCAAAGUUUUCUUGGCUUACCCUCAGCAAGCUAUGUGGAUGAUGACUGCUGUAUCAAAGGUCAGAGACCUUGGCUACAACUACGACUAUCAAGUCUCAAGGAACUUUUCUCUGAUAUAAACUGUUUAAAGGGAUAGUUGACCCAAAAAUGAAAAUUCUCUAAUUGUUUACUCACACCCAUGCCGAGCACAAACGAAGAUUUUUAGAAGAAUUUCUCAGCUCUGUUGGUUAUUACAAUGCAAGUCAACAAGGUCCAACAUUUUUAAGUUCCAAAAAGCACAUAAAGGCUGCAUAAAGUAAUUCAUACGACUCCAGUGGCUUAAUCCAUGUCUUCAGAAGCAAUAUGAUAAGUGCUAAGACCCAUGUUUUGGACAUAGAGCAGCGACUUCAGGGAGUGAUCAAGAACAGGAAUAAAGUGAUGGGUUUGCCUCUGUCCAUUGAGGACCAUGUACACUACCUCAUUCAAGAAGCCACAGAUGAUAACCUCUUGUGCCUGAUGUACCUUGGAUGGGGUCCUUAUCUGUGAUGAACGUGAUUGCACUUAAAAGAUUUAGAACAAACUUGAACAUAAGCUUUUUGUUCGGAUCUGUACUUUCCCUCAUUUGUUCAGAUUCUGUUAUGUUUAUAUCAGUGUUCAUUACUAUGUUCCUCAAAAGAUUACAUUUCAUUCGUGUUUUCAUAUUUAAUAAUGAAAUACUCUUAAUACAGUUUGUAUUGAUGUUGUUCCCAGGGGGAAAAAAUCUCAGAACUAGAGAUUGUUUAUUUGUCACAAAAAAAAAAACAAAAAAACAUUCCUUAUCUCACAACUAAAUGUGCAUUUUUAAAGUGGUAAUAUUAAUUAAAAUGUGCUCUGGUAUUGUCUUUAUAAAACUAUGGUGGAGAUUUUUUUCUGAUUCAGAUUUUAUGCAGUUUUCUCCUCAGUGUGAGCUGGAGUCUUUGUAUAUUUCACAAGGAUAUUUUUUGAAAGCCCUUAAUAUCCUCAUAGUAGAAAUUGUCAGCGCUUCUGGCAUAUAAAUGCAGUUGACUGGUCAUGCUGUCUGUUAUGAAGGUUCUCCUGGUUUCUGAUUGGUUGUCGUAAUUAUCUUCACACGCGCUCUGACAGCCAGAGUUCCCACCUUGUCACGCGCGUGAAGACCACCAGCUCCCGCCAAACAUUCUGAUGCAGUUAUGUAUAUGAAAAAAUGGAUCUAUCAAAAAGCGAAGAUUCUUCGGAUGACAGUAAGUGUUCAGAUAAAAAUGCAGCACAUGGCCAAAGAAAAUACACUGAAGGACACAAACCUCACAACUCCCCAAAUACUGGAUAUGUAAGUACCAGUGAAAGCCCAUGCUCACUGCCUAUGCCAGACAUUCUUAAGACACUCUCUUCAGGGUUUAGUGACACUCUCUCAGAAGGCAAUGGACAUCUCCGCAGCUCUGUUAAAAGGAGCAGAAUGCAUGGGUUGCAGCAGACUGAGAGCCCUGGAUACAAAGAUGGGACCAACCAGCGCCAUCACCAUAAGCUUGUGACCAGUGUCAGCUUUUCAGGAUUUGAGGCGCCUCUACGGCUGCUUCACGAGAAUCGAGAAACAUCUGGCAGCAGUCAUGAAAUCAUUGAUUACCGUAAUCUAACACCUCAAGUGCCCUUUGUGCCCUGCAUAGCAAAAUCUAUUCCUAAAAAGAGGAUCUCCCUAAGGAAGCCUAGAAAGACUAUUAAAGACUUGUUCGUUCAUAAAAGACAUAAGGAUGAGAAAGCUAUGUCACCAGGUACACCGUGUGGGGUUGAAAGUGAAAAUGUACCAAAAUUGAUACGGACGAAGAAGUAUUUUAAGCACAGAGAACGUGCCUCUGCAGGGAGCAGGUAUGAUCGUGAACUCAGCGAGACAUUCUCAGAUUCAUCAGGUGAAUAUUCAGCUGAUGUUUGUGAGGAUGCUGCCUCAUUAAAAAGCUUUGGAUCUCAGGCUGGUUGUGGAGAGAUAUUUGCUGAUGAGGAAUGUCUUAUAUCCCCUGAUCAUGACAAAGCUACAUGUGAACCUCAGAGACAAAGUCCUACUGCUGCAGGCUUCCAGGGAGGUAAAGAGUGUCUUGCCUCACCAGCUCACCUCCUGGACAUGUUUGGAGUGUGGGAAACCCUAAACAGAAAUAUACUCUUUGGACAAAGUUCAAGAUCAUCAGGAAAUGCAACAGAAACCACAACACCUAUUGCAAAAUCUCCUUCCACAACUAAGCCUGGAAAUGUCACAACAAAUCCACCCAGACCUGUAGAGUCACAGAUUGGGGAACCGAAUACUGACCUGAUAACCCCAAAAAGUGACAACCAAGAGAACUUUAGUGAUGAGGGCUACUGUGAUUAUGUUUCUCCUGGUUUUGAGGACCACAGCAAAGGUUCUCUCACCCCAGAUCAUUCCAACAAGUUCCCUAGGGACACUUGCAGCGGAGAUGCUCUUUACGAGCUGUUCUAUGACCCCAGUGAUGCAGAGAUAACCCCUAUCUUUGAUCAUGAGAUAGAUCUUACAGACAGCAUUGUUGGCCAAUGCAGUGACCUUCCAUUAUCCAUGUACAGCUUCCAUGUUGGAGCAGAGGAGAAUCUUGCCCCACCUUUUGCUAGAGACUUCAUUGGCCAAGAGCUUGUGCAGAGUAAAUGGAUGGGGAAGGAUUGUUUACUAAAGCUUUGUGACACAGAGAUAUCUCUGGCUAUGGGUAUAGUUAACUGGCUGAAACAGAGGACAGACAAAAGCGACCCAGCGGAACUGAGGUCUUCACAAACUAGCAGUGCGGACACAGGCGAUGUAUGUCUGAGAUACAAAACCCAGUCAGCGGGGGUUAGAAAACCAUCAAGAAGAGUCCCUCCAAGAACUGGUAAUAGUAGAGAAGAUAUGCUUAAUGUCACAGAGAAAGACUCAACCCAGCAAGGCUUUGUUGUUCCCUUAAUAGAUUUUCCCUCACAAUUUGACGUUAACACAGUGAUGUCAAACUUGGCUUCUCCAGAGAGCCUACCCAAAACCCCAACGAGUGGUGUGUGUUUCAGAAUAUUCAAUAUCGACUCCCAAAUGACCCCAAGUGGUGAUUUGCGGUCUCCUGUGGUAAGCUCACCUGGCUCUGGCACAAGAUCUUUGUUUGUGCUGGCCAUAAACAAGGAAUCUCUUUGUGAAUCUUGCAGGAGCUCCCUAAGAACUGGAGAUAAAGAUCUGUACCUGUGCCGUUCUUGUAUGUCCCUCAUAGAGCACAUCAAGACUUCAGACCUGUGGGCCUGUGCCAGCCUUCCUCAGUCCAAGACACUAAUUCCACAGCCAGUAACUAGAGAUCUUCUAUCACCAGCCAGCACCUGCGGGAUAGAAAGUGAUAUCAGCAUAGCUUCUCUUGUUGAGCAGUGUGCUUGUCAGUUGUCUUCUAUAAAGAUUAACAUUACUCAAAAGCCCUUACGCUGUGAAAAAAGAGGUGUCCUUGAACCUGAGCUAAAGGAACAAAGGGUUAAAAGGAACAAAGAACAAUCACAAAAAUACCUAAAGUCAAAGCUCAAGAAAAGACCAAUGGCAACUACAGAGAAACACAUGCAUGCUAGACAUUGCUUGAGGAUGUCCAGUCUCUCUGAGGAUGUUCAUAAACCUUCUCUUUUGGAGACUGAGGGACUUGGCUUUGACACUACUAAUGGUUCAGAUGGUUUGGUGUUGGAAACUUACAGUUCAUGCACUGACAUAGACACAUCUCAAGGUACUAGGCCUACUUGUCUUCCUCUCAUGGCCUCUACCUUGUCUGAGUUUUCUUGCAGAGAGGAUCACCAUAUUCACCAUUUAAAUAAGAUGGAAGAUGGAAACCCAGCCAAAAAGAAGCAUAGAUUACGCCAUCACAGGAAGUCUGCCGUGAAUAGUGAGGAGUCGUUUGUCUUCUCGAGGGAGAAGGUAGAAUGCAGAUUCAGAAUGAAGUAAAGCCCAUGUUAAACAGAUUCUGGUUUUCCGGAUCCUUAAACCCAUUUCAUUUUACUGUGCAGUACCUCAGGGCAGCUGAACGCUCUACCAACUGUCAAAGUGUCUGUCUUUCAUCCUCAAGAACUCUGACCUGCUUGCUCGUUUUACUGUCAACUCAGCGACACUGUGGGCCAGGAACAACAAUACGUCUGUUGAUCUGUUUGUUGGAAAAGUGACAUUUGUCUGAAACCUGUCAUAUCAGUAUUUUUCCUCUUCACUGUGUGGUUUUGCUUUCAUUUGCCAUUUUUUUUAUUUCAGGUUUUCUGCUGGUGUUUUUUAAAACCAAGGAUCAAUGACAGGACAUACUAGUGCAAUAACUACAACAACACUUUAUUAAUGUUUAAGGGAGACAUAAACUGAUAACUGUUCAAUUGUUCUAACAGAGAAAACUUUGUAAAACUGAAGUUCAACUUAAAGGAAUUUAAAGUACAUUGUGGGAAGUUACACUUUAGGAGAUUUUUGUAUACAGGAUUAAAACAAUCUGACAAACUAUUUGAAAAGCUCUAAGCUGGAGUUUAGAGGGGAAAAGAUCAAUUUCUUUUAAGGAUUGGGACAUUUCAAUGGAAUCAACUUUGCAUUUUCAUUUGUCCUGCCAUUAGUGUUCAAGACAGAGACGGGUAAUGUUUGUCAGUGAAUAAAUUAGGAAAAGUAGUCCCUUGAAAGAACGCCUCUGAUCUGGCUGAUGUGACCAGAAUUGAUGAGUGCUACUAAAAAAAGGGUCCAUUCAUACAUAUAGUAGGCCUCCUCAAAAAGCAGGCAUGCAGGUGGUGUCGUCUUUGUCCAUUUUGGAAUGUAAUUCUGGCAUUUCUGCCCCUUUAUUAUUCUGUAAAUACUCCACUUCAACUCAACUCAACUUGGACUGCAACAGUCCAGCUGGGGCUGUUACAUCCCCUUAUAUGGCUAUCUAUACCUCUGUCCAUACAUCUAUCUUUGAGAAGACAGUUAUCUGCAUAAAUAUAGACGUGGAUAUGUUUGUGAGCAGACAGUUAUCUGUUAUGUAUGAAUAUAUUAUAUGAUGAAUCUUGCAGAAACACUUUACAAUAAGGUUCCAUUCAUUAACAUUAGUUAAUGCUUUAGGUAUCAUGAACUAAUAAUGCACAAUGUAUUUUUUACAACAUUUAUUCAUCGUUGUUAAUGUUAGUUAAUACAAAUACAAUUGUUCAUGUUAGUUCAUAAUGCAUUAACUAAUGUUAACAUAUACAACUUUUGAUUUGAGAAAUGUAUUAGUAUAUGUUGAAAUGAACAUUAACCAAGAUUAAUAAAUGCUGUAAAAUAUUGUUCAUUGUUAGUUCAUGUUAACUAAUGUUGUUAAAUAAUGUUGACAAAUAGAACCUUAUUGUAAAGUGUUAACCAUCUUGAUAAAAGUAAGCCAAAGGAUAAUUUUAUUAUAUUAUAUUGUAUUAUAUUUCAGGGCCUCAACCUUUUUUCAUGAGAUCAACCAUAACCAUUGCAACAUUUAAGUGUAGUGCAGUGCACUGUGGUGUCAAUGAUAAAGCAAUGGCAUUCUUAUUAAUAGAUUAUUUUCUAUUUGACAAUAAAAUUGUUUCAAAUUUGGUAAUAUUACAUAGUAAAUUCCAAAUUUUCUGAAUUGAACAGAAGCUUUAUAGAUAGCUUACAAUUUCUCAUCACUGUCAUACUCAAAUCGAGGGGGAAAAAAGUUUCUAAAAAUAUUCUGAAUUGUUUUUUUAUCUAUGUUCAUGGUCUGUAUUUCUUGUAAAAAAUAAAUAAAUAAAUAAAAGUGAUAAGUCUUCUCAGGAUAAACUAGAAUCAAAAUCCAAGAAUUAAGAAACUAAUAUUAGCAUGUGAGACUUGAACCACUGACAAUAAACUAAUAAUACGACUUCUAUGAAAAAAACAAAUGUGUUGCAUGAUUUUAGGCUGUGCUAACCAUAGAUAUGAUCUAUGAUGUAAACUAUGUUCAUUAGAAAGUGCAUAUCGUGUUGGAAUGCAGUAUUAAGAAGGUUAUUUUGUUACCUUUUAGUGCCAUUAUAGACUAUUUAGGACAAGGCAGCUGACAAUUAUCGUAAUUCUGUGCAAUAUUUCUAAUUAAGUGCUUGCCUUUGUCACUAAGAAUAAAUAAAACCUAUUUAUGAAUCCA